AUGAGUUCAAAUUGUUCACAGGAGAAUGAGGAAGAAGCAAAUAUAAUAGACGGGAGGUUCCAAGGUUUGCUAAAAUUAAAAGCGCGAAAUGGCGCCGUGAGCAGCGGAGCGGCUAGCAGCCAUUUGAGUAGCAACGUGGGUGGCAUAUUUAACGGUAGCCUUGGCUACAACGAGGAUGGCACCUCCAGUAACACCUACAUCGGCAACGGAGCCCCCUACAACAAUGCCUCCAGUAGCAACUACUAUGUUGGCGCAAACAGAAGCACACCAGAAAAUGAAGAGACACACGGAGGAGGGGAUUUGUCGAACAUAAAAUUUUGCCAAAAUGGCCAGUACAAGAGAUACCAUGAUUUUUACAAUAAUAAAAACUCCUUCCAACAUUAUUUGAAAAAAUUAAAAGCGUGUAGAAUAGACGCAGAUGAACUUCGAAAUAUUUUGGAAAAGAGACUCACCUUAGAUCGUGAAAACCAAAUGCUUAAGUCAAUACAAGAUGAUGAUAAAAAAGGCUUUGGAAGUGAAACCAAUUCCUCCUCGUCCAACCAUGAAGGCUUACACCUGUACAGGAAACUCAAUUUUUUGAACAAAAAUAAUAGAAGCAAAUCAAAGAAUAAAAACAGAAAGAGAAAAAGAAUUAAUUCAAAAAUUGACAAAAAAUUUAUUAUUAAAUGCCGAACUUGUAAGUACGUCAACCCCAAUGGUUUCAAGAUGGGGGAUUACUACACAUGCCAGAAUUGUGGGUACAACGACUUUUCCGUGUUGCGGUCCAGUUCUCCCAACAACGGGGAGUAG